AUGAUUUACGGCAACGUGUUGCCCUGGCAGAAACGCUAUUUGAGCAGGACACGCUUAGAAACUACAGGGCUGCAAAAUGGUAUCCCCACAUCGAAGAUGCUCGCAACAGUAAAUCAAUUUCGAUCUACCUGGGACCAUCGGGUAUUACGAGAGGUUACUUCAAACGACAUCUGGAACGCUCAAUGGUCGGGCCGUGUGAGCCAGAUCGCAGCACUGCAUCUGCCACUGAGGACGCAAAUUCGAUUCGACGACCUUGUGCAUCGCAUCCGGGAGCUUGCUCAGGCCAAUUACCCUCUCAUUUUUCCUCAUGAAAUGCCCACUGUGGCUACAAUCGGUGAAUAUUGUGACGCGCUCAACAACGAAAUCACCGAUGUGCUCGUGGGCAGCGUUGACCAUCAGUGGAUUGGUUGGGACAAUGAUCCGAGAACACGAGCAAAACACAAUCGCUUACGCAGCAAUGUUGCUGCCGGAUUUGCUCCUUAUGGUCCAGAUGGGCAAUCUCCGACGGAGGACACGAAGAGUGCAGCCAUCUCAGACCGAGCUGGCAGGCUGUCAUUCGGGAGCAACCGUGCUGCUCUCCCUGAGCAAGGCUAUUGGAUAAACAAGGACAUACUCGGAAAAGGUGGCUGGGGCUGUGCGAGCAUCUGGUUACGAUAUGACACAAAUGGUAGUAUUGUUGAAAGAGUAGUGACGAAAGAAAGCUACCUUCAAGGCAAUUGGGAUAGGCCAAAAUACUGGCAUGGCCCUGCAGCUGAUCGUGUCCCGAUGGAGUACACACUGCAGAAGACACUCAGUAAUGUACCAAAGGCCAACAACAUCGUAAAUUGCCGAGCAUACGGCUUGUAUGAGCGGUACAGGAUGUAUCGGCUCUACAUGGAGUAUUGUCAGCACGGAGACCUGGAGCAAAGCGUUAAGGAGUACUUUGGCUUCUCUCAAAUCGUCGACCAAUCGGUGAUUGGAGAAAAUACCAUCUACAAAGUAGCCUACCCCUCCGACAGACCUGAUCCUAUCACUCUGUACAAGCGACUCGAAAUGAUGAGCGAGAAGUUUGCGUCGGCAAAGUUUGACGAAGAAAAGGAUGUUGUGAUCGUGGCUCCAGAUCGCUACAAGCCCUUCGCUCGUUAA